CUCCUCCCGGGCAACGCUGAAAACCGAACUUGACAUUCAGCCGGGCAGUCGCGCCCGCAUUUGCAAUUGCACCGGCGCACAGGCAGGCAGCAUUAUAACGGAACCGCUUCCGACAGCAACCAUCAACACAUAAAUUCCGCCAAUCAAACAUGACGACCCUGCUGCAGAACGUGAACGAGGAGGUGUUCCGGACGUACGUCUUCUGGACGGCGGUGCUGGUGGUGAAGAUGCUGGCCAUGUCCGUGCUGACUGGCCGCCAGCGCUUCCGCAAGAAGGUGUUCGCCAAUCCGGAAGACAUCCAGCCCAGCAAGAAGGGCGCCCAGCCCAAGUUCGACGAUCCGGACGUGGAGCGCGUGCGCCGGGCCCAUCGUAACGAUCUGGAGAACAUUCUGCCGUUCUUUGCCAUCGGGCUGCUGUACAUGCUGACCAACCCGGAGCCGUUCAUCGCGAUCAACCUGUUCCGGGCGGUCGCCAUCGCCCGCAUCGUGCACACGCUCGUGUACGCGGUGGUCGUGAUUCCCCAGCCGGCCCGUGGCCUCUCGUGGGCCAUCGCCUACUUUGCCACCGCGUACAUGGCGGUCAAGACGGCCCUGUUCUUCCUGUAAGACCGUGUGGCACAAGCACAAAAAGCGCUACGAGGGCGUACCAGUAACGCGACGGGAGAAAUAAAUUGUGCUGCGAUGGCUGCGCCUUUGGCGGGGGGCGGCCGAUGAACGUUCCAGCCCGUCGCAUCAUGUUUUACAAAUCGA